GUCAAAUUCAUAGACACACAGGGAACCAACAAUUCAACAUAUCAGCAAUGUAUGACGGUUUUUACACUUUCUACGAUAGUGUACAAGUUUGUAUUUUACUG